AUGUCACACCAUAAUGUGGCGAACGGAUGCAAACUGGUCGCUGUGCUCCUUCUUUGUCUUGGUGCCUCUGCUGGAGACCAUCGCUCAGGUCGUGCUGAUGCAGCAGGACAAGAGGAGCACGCGGCACAUGGCUCUGUUGGAUUGGAGGAGGUUGUUGUGGUGAUUCAGAGUCAGAGGAACUCGUUCCACGCCCGUCGAGCUGGUCAGAGGAAGACAGAGAUUUUGCAGCAGGCAGCUGAAGUGGGACAGGGCGUUCCAGUAGUUCUUCUUCUCCAUGAGCUGUCACACUAUGAAGGGGAUUGGAGUAUCCUCCCUGCACUUCCUCACCUCUCUGCCACUUAUGGCCACUUAGCAUCCUGGUUUUUCUUCAUUGAAGAGGAAACCAGUGUCACACUCCCUUUUCUGUUGCAAGUCCUCCGCAGAUAUCAAGUCCAAGAGGAAUGGUUUUUGGGUAAGCGUCUCCAUGACAACGAAGCCUCCAUUAUCCACCAUUAUGCCUUCUCUGAAGACCCCAGUUCCUUUAGUUUCCCUGCCCCAGCAGCAGGCUGGGCUCUCAGCACGCCGCUGCUCCAGAGACUCGCUGAGCGGAUCCAACACGAGCAUCUGAAGUCUGAUUUUACCAUCGACUUGAAACAUGAGAUUGCGUUGUACAUUUGGGAGGAAGGAAAUGGUCCCAAGCUGACAGAAGUUCCAGAGUUUUGUACAGAGACGAGAGACAACUGUGCUACAACAUUUACGACCUACCUGCCCAACUGCGGAGAUCCAGUGUCAAAGACAGACGUAUUUGUUGCUGUGAAAACUUGCCAAAAGUUCCACUCAGAGCGAGUGCCGGUGGUGAAGGCAACCUGGGAGAAAGACGCUGGGUUGUUAGAGUAUUACAGCGAUGUCACUGAUGCCUCCAUACCCACAAUCAGUCUUGGAGUGCCCAACACUGAGAGAGGGCAUUGUGGGAAGACAUUUGCCAUCUUGAGGCGGUUCUUGAGCAAAGCUGUGCCAAAGGCUGAUUGGCUACUCAUUGCUGAUGAUGAUACACUUAUCAGUUUACCCAGGUUGCGGCAACUGCUGCGUUGCUAUGACCCAAAGGAGGCAGUGAGCCUGGGGGAGAGAUACGGCUACAGCUUGCUUCAGAAUGGAUACAGUUACACCACAGGAGGAGGAGGGAUGGUGCUAAGUCGGGCGGCGGUAUCCAGGCUAGUUUCCAGUGGGUGUCGCUGCUACAGUGAUGACGCUCCUGAUGACAUGGUGCUUGGCAGGUGCUUCACUUCGCUCGGAGUUCCCAUCACACAUAGUCCACUGUUCCACCAGGCCAGACCGUAUGACUACUCUGAGACAUUGGAGAACGCCGUCUCCUUCCACAAGCACUGGAACAUAGAUCCCGUGGCGGUCUACAAACAGUGGCUGCAGGACGCACACCCGCGAGAUGAACUGUAGAAACACUGUGUGUAUUCAGUAUGUAUACUGAGCACCAUAGACUAACACUGACUCCAAAUUUGCACAACAGCGUAGAGCUUAUGAUGAUAGUACAAGAAGCAACCACUACAUAAACUUUAAUGUCCAGAGAAACCUUGCAAACAUGCCCUCAAGCAUAAUUCCAACAGGCCUUAAUGCUGCACUAAUCAAUAUUUUUUAUAUCAACAUUAAAUCAAAUGACUGUGUGUAAUUUUCAAGCGAUCACAGAGAAUUACCACCCAGGUCUACGGCUCUACAGUUGUUUUUAGCUCCCUAUAGUAGUAUAGUCCUUAUACCUCAUUGUUUUGCUUCAUGUCCUGCAAACUGACAUUACAGCUACACAACACCAAGCAGCAUCCUGAGUGGAUGCUAAUGUUUCUUUGUUGCUGCAGGAUGAGCAGUUUUUCUUCCCCCUUGUGACCAAAUAUUAAUGACUGUAAUGCAGCUGUAAUGGUACCAUGCCUUUUGGAAUUAGCUGGUGAAAUCUUAAAAGGGAUAGUUCUGGAUUUUUGUA